CUCCUCCCUCUCCUCCUCCCCCCACGUCCUCCCUCCCUCGCUCAUUCCUCCUUUUCUCAGCCAGCACCAGAUAAGAAAGGGGCAGAAGUAUUUCUCUUCGGCCACUUCUGGAACCGGAGCCCCCAGAGAAGGCUGAUUUCACCUCCAUCUUUUUCCUUCUUGCAGUCAGUUUGGACGUUCACUAUUCACUAUCCUUAACCACAACCUCUUUUUUCAUCUCUUUCUAGUCACUCAACUUACUCUCCAUCCAUAUUUUUUCCCUGCACUUGGCCCAUUAAGGACAGGGGGAAAUUUCAAGGAAACUCUAAAGGACUUGCCCAGGCUCAAGCCAGUACACCCAUCCCGAAACUUCUCCAUCAACAAGAACAACAGGACAACAGAGGACAAAAAAAAGGGGGGGGGAAGAGAGAUGGAUCCCACGUAUUGACUAACGCAUCUGAUCUCUUCACCACAAGUGGGGAGGGAACGAGAACCCAUAGGACAGGUGUUGCUUUCUGUUUCUGCCUUUCAAAUACAGUGUGAUCCAGAAGCAAAGUGGUCUCCUGAAAUUAGACAGAGCAAGCUGAAGUUGCAGAAUCCGACCUGAUGGAUUGACUGGUCGGUGCAGAGACUCGUUGUGCAUCCUGCACACAGAUGUGUUCGUAAACAAAGCGUAAACGAGCUUCUCGUGACCUCUUGGCACUGAGAGAAGACACUAGAUUACAGGUGAAGAGAGCGUGAUGAAACGUUUAGAUCUCAGCGGGGGGCUUCUGCUGCUGUGGACCAUGACGGUCGUGGCGGAUGCAGCUGGUGUUGCGACCCCAGAACGAGGAGGAGCUGGAAGAAGAAGAGGAAGUGGUGGCAGCGGUGGAGGAGGAGGAGGUGCGGACAGGAGAAGGAAGUUUCACCGCAUCCAACAUGGCCAGUGCAGCUACACCUUCAUCCUGCCAGAGCUGGACGCGUGCCAGGGCGGAGGAUCGCCCUCACAAGCUGAACACUAUGGUGUCUCUCCCGGGGGGGCGAGCGUCGUGCAGAGAGACUCGCCGCCGAUCGACGGGGAAUGGUCGGCUCAGAAACUGCAGCACCUGGAGAGCACAAUGGAGAACAACACGCAGUGGCUGCAGAAGUUGGAGACCGUCCUUCAGAAGAGCGUGCAGACAGCCAUCACUAACAUACCGUCGCACGUCGUCCAUAACCAAACGGCAACCAUGCUGGAGAUCGGAACCAACUUGCUCACUCAAACAGCGGAGCAGACUCUCAAACUCAACGUGGUGGAAGCCAAGGUGCUGAACCACACGUCUCGAAUAGAGAUCCAGCUGCUGGAGAAUUCUCUGUCCACCAACAAGCUGGAGAAGGAGCUGCUGCUCCAGACCUCGGAGAUCAGUCAGCUACGAGACAAGAACAGUCGUUUGGAGAGUAAAGUUCAGAUGUUGGAGUCUCAGCAAAAAGGAGAGCUGGAGGACAUGAAGGAGGAGAAGAACAGGCUGCAGUCUGUCGUCAGGGCGCAGGUCGCGGCCAUCGAGUCUCUGGAGAGGCAGCUGAAGGUCGCCAGCAGCAACAACACGGCUCUGCAGAGGCAGCAGGCUCAGCUAAUGGAGUCUGUCCACACACUCAUUAACAUGGUGGCCACUACUACAGGGUCACCGCCCCGGGACCAGAUGUGGAAGGACUGUGCAGAUGCUUACAAGGCGGGCCACUCCGUCAGCGGCCUUUAUAACAUCUACAUCGGGAACAGGACUGAACCGGUUCAGGUGUUCUGUGACAUGGAAACGAGUGGCGGCGGCUGGACGGUGUUCCAGCGGCGAUUUAACGGCAGCGUUGACUUCCAGAGGAGCUGGAGGGAAUACAAAAUGGGCUUCGGGGACGUGUUUGGAGAACACUGGCUGGGGAACGAGGUGAUGUACCUGCUGACCAGUCAGGGUCAGUACUCUCUGAGAGUGGAGCUGAGGGACUGGGAGGGACACCCCGCCCACUCCCUGUAUGACCGGUUCACACUGACCAGCGAGAGACAGCAGUACAGGUUGUAUCUGAGAGGUUACAGCGGCACAGCGGGGAGGCAGAGCAGCCUGACCACCCACGGGACCGGCUUCAGCACCCGAGACCAGGACAACGACAACUGUGACCACUGCAAGUGUGCCCUGAUGCUCACGGGAGGUUGGUGGUUUGACGCUUGUGGUUUCUCCAACCUGAACGGUAUUUACUACACCGUUGGCCACAACAUCAGGAAGCUAAACGGCAUCAAGUGGCACCACUUCAGGGGUCCCAGUUACUCCCUGCGCUCCACUUCCAUGAUGGUACGGCCCUAUGACUUCUAACAACAGCUCUCCCCCUCCAGCAGUGGUAUGACCCACAGCCUUAGGACCCUCCAGUGUCAUGAUGGUACGACCUUAUGGCUCCCAACACCCCUCUAGGGCUCCAAUGGCUUCCUGAUGAUGUGGGAUUUCUCACCAUGUGGAACACCCCUCGAUUUAAGCGUCAGGAUGAUAUGAUUCUACAGUAUAACUUACAAACUCACAAUCCACUGCCUCGAUGGUAUAAGCCUACAACUUUGAACAACAACCCUGCCGUCCUCUGACUGACAGCCGUGAUAUUAAAACCCCUCUGCCCCAGUUUUAUGCUUUUCAAAGUCUUGCUUUGUGGUUCUUCUCUGGGACUUUGUUUUUAUGACUUGCCCUGGAUCCAUGAGAGUAGAAAGGAGCAGGUUCAUACAAAGUGCACUUUUAAGUGUUUUAGUUACAUGGCUGCCUUGAUAAAGCACUCUGCAACUCACUCUCUAACUCUCAAAAUGAGCUGCCGUGCAAGGUGCAAGGGCCAUUGGGGUUCAGUGUCUUGGCCAAGGACACUGUGACAUGUGGACAGGAGGAGCUGGGGAUUGAACCAUCCACAACCUUUUGAGCCUGGAUGGCCUUCAUAGGAAGGUGGGACACAAGUUAAUUGUGGGGAUAAGAGUGCACAUUUUGAGGCAGUCUCCCUUGGAACACAUCCUUGUUGCACGUAUUUGUACAUUUAAAAUAAAGACAGGCUGUGUUAUUGUGACCAAAGAGAGCUUGAGAGACAAGUUCAAUCCCUAGCUCAUGUCUCACCAUCCACUAUCACGUGCCGUGUUGUGUUAUGUG